AAUCCCCUGAAAGAGGUAUUCCAAACCUCAUUCAGGUUUGCUCUUUCUUUAUAUUUGGAAGUGACCUUCCCUUCCUUCUACAUGGCCUUUGAAUCCUUUUGAACUAAAGCUUCAUUUCAUCUGUCUACACAUCAUCAAUGGUUUCUCGUUAUUACUCAGAGAUCGAUCCUCGUUCUGAAUGGGUAACAACCGAAGAAUCUGACAUUAUCCUCGUCUAUGUUCCUGGAUUCACAAAGGAACAAUUAAAGGUUCAACUAGACACAUCAGGUAAGAUCUUGGUAAGUGGGGAAUGUGUUGUAGAUGGAGAUCAAUGGUGUCGCUUCCUGAAAGAGUUCAAACUACCCAUGAAAAGCAAAGUGAAGUCCAUUGAAGCCAAGUUCGAUGAAGGAACUCUCUAUGUCAUUCUUCCAAAACACCUUCCUACUUCUACUAUUACUAAUACUAGCGUCCAUAUACCACAACAAAAACAACAACACAAUCAAUCCGCAAUUGGUGAACAGUCAAACAAUAUUAUAAGCGUCAAGAGUUGCCUAAAGGAAUUGUGGAAGCACAAGUUUAUGGCUUUGAGUGGCAUUGUUGUCAUAAUGUUGUUUGCGGGGCUUGGAAUUUAUUUGAAAAAUAGGUCAACACUCCCAAAUUGAUUGAGGUAGCAGUAUGUGUGAGUUGUUAUAUUUGAUGUAUAUUUCUUCAUGGAAAUUAUGGCAUAUAUGUAUAUAUUAAUUUGUUCUAAUGGUUCAUGGCA